AUGUUCACUACUGAUGCCGAAGUAGUUAAUACAGGUCUUGUCGAAUGGGUUAUUCCAUCUUUAGUCACUGUGGGGGACAACAUGCUUCUCACUUCUAUUCCCUCCCAGGAGGAAAUUUUUGGUGUUGUUAAAUCUAUGGUUUCUUUGAGUUCUCCGGGUCCUGAUGGCUUUGGAUUGGUGAUGCCUCAUUUUAACUAUAAUCUUCUUAUAUUGAUUCCAAAAGUUCCUGGUGCUGAUACGGGUGUUCGACAAGGUGACCCUCUUUCCCCUAUUCUUUUUUGUUUAUCACAAGAGGUUUUCAGUCGUGGAAUUUCUUCUUUAAUAGAAUCUGGAGCUAUGCGUCGGGUUAAUGCUCCACGAGGUGUUAUGCCUCAUAGCGAUGUUCUUUUUGCAAAUGAUAUAGUGGUCUUCAUUCAAGGCACUACAAAGAAUCUUCGGGUUUUGAUGCGGUUUAUGGUUGAGUAUGGAUUAAACUCGGGUCAGUUUAUCAAUAAAUCAAAAUCUUUCGCCUUCUUGGGUCAUUACACGCGGCCUCGGCAAGCAAGCAUUCUUUGUACUCUUGGAAUUGGUGUUGGUUCCUUUCCAUUCACUUACUUGGGUGUUCCCAUUUUCCAAGGGCGAUUGCAAUUAAUUUCGUCAGUCAUCCAAAGUCUUCUGAUAUAUAGCUUCCAAGUUUAUGAAUGGCCCUCCUCCUUGUUGACAAAAGUUCAAAGUUGGAUUCGAAAUUUCUUUUGGUCUGGAGACCCGAAUUCUCGUGGUGCUCCUCUUGUGGCAUGGAAAUCUUGUUGUCUUCCUAAAGACCAUGGUGGUUUGGUUGUUUUUAUUCGAGCUCGUUUCCUUGCGAAAGGUUCUUUUACUCCUCAAAUUUACCGAAAAUCAUCUAUUUGGUUGGGCCUUAAGAAGUUGUUGCCUCAAGUCCUGGAGAAUUCUCAAUGGGUAAUUGGUAAUGGUUCUCAAAUAGAUUUUUGGACUGAUAAUUGGAUGGGUGAUUCUUUGAUGCAUUUGUUAGGCAUUUGUCCCUCAAUUGCUUUCUCUUUUCAUGCUAAAGUUGCUGAUUUUAUUAAUAACUGUCGUUGGGAUUUGCUUGUGAAUUUUGUAAGGGCUUUUCCUCAUUUGGCAGCUUCUAUUGAGGCUAUUGUUUUGCCUAUUGAGCCGAGUGCUGAUCAUCUUAUUUGGAUUGGUGCUAUGUCUGGUAUUUUAUCAGCCAAAGAAGCAUAUUUGUGGCUUUCUUCUCAUAAUGCCCCCGUGCCUUGGAGUACGGUAAUUUGGGAUAAAGCUCUUCAGGCUAGGAAAAGCUUGGUGGUUUGGAAAGCUUUACAGAGUCGGCUUCUUACGGAUGAAUUUCUCCAAAAGCAUGGUGUGUCCCUAGCUUCUUGUUGUUCUUUUUGUUAUCAUUAUGGUGAAACUGUUAACCACCUUUUUCUUACUUGUCCGUUUGUCAUGGCCUUGUGGAAAUGGUUGCUCCAGCUUUUUAACAAGUCUUCAUGCACUGUAGAUUCAAUGGAUAAUCUUUUUGUUGGUCCUUUUGUGGAGUCCUUUUCGCCCUCUUCCCGCAAACUAUGGUUAUUGGUAGCAUGCAAUUUGGUGUGGGGUAUUUGGCAUCUAAGAAAUCAUAUUCGUUUUGAUCACUUGGUUGUUUGCCUGGAUUAUGCCCAACAAUGGUUCCUUUCUCGUUUUAAGGAAUCUGCGAAUGCUUGCUUUGUCUCUGGUCAUUCUCCUUCAUCUCUACUGAUAUUCCAACUUUUGGGCACAGGCUUUGGGGGUGUUUUCCGAAAUAGUGAGGGCAAGGCUCUUGGUGUUUUUGCUUCUAAUCAAGACCAACCUAGCUCAACUGCAGCUGAAGUUCUUGCUUUUCUUGAGGCUAUCAGAGUUGCUUGGGUGAGAGAUUGGAAGCAUCUUUGGCUCAAGAUAGACUCUUCUUUGGUGGUUCAUUUUUUCUCCUCUACAUCUUAUUCCAUUCCUUGGUUUUUGCGUACGAAGUGGCAGAACUGUUUGUGGCACAUUAAACAGAUGAAUUUUGUUUGCACUCAUAUUUAUUGGGAAGGUAAUUGUGUCGCAGAUAUGUUAGCAAAUUUUGGUGCCGAUAACCGUGCCUAUUACUGGUGGGACUUCUUACCUUCGUGGGCUGCUACCACUUAG